GAAACCUAAGAAAAUAGCUGACGUGUGUUCCUGACAGAGAAACUGAAACUGAUGUUUUUUUUUUUCUCUUUCCCCUCUUGCAAGUUGCCAAAUAAAACUGAGUUACUCACCAGGCAUGGCUCCCCAGCCUCAGGAGAAGAAAACGGUUUUAGAUGUUGGGGCAUGGGAGCAGAUAUUUCAAGAACUGAUGCAGCAGGAGAAACCCCGGGCCAGAUGGACCCUGAAGUUGGAUAAGAAUCUCGAUCCAAACUGCCUUGCAGAAGGGUGGAAGCAAUACGAGCUGAAAGGAUUCGGCAGGUUCCAGUGUUCCUCAUGCCAGCGGAGUUGGGCUUCUGCUCAAGUGCAUAUCCUAUGUCACAUGCACCUGGAGUCCCACAAAUCCCAGGGUCAGGUGAUUAUGCGCCUCUUUGCUCAGAGGUGCAAGAAGUGUUCCUGGUCUCGAUUUGAGAACCCUGAGUUCUCCCCAGAGAGUGCCAUGAGGAUUCUGAAAAACGUGGUGCUGCGUAUUCUGAAGAAAUUCUAUGACUUUAAGAAGGUUUCAGAGCUACCGAUCAUUCGGGAGGUCCCUUUGGAUGGGUCCCAUGACACGAACAAUUGUGAAGGUUGCUCUCUGGGCUUCUGCUUACUGAGAUUGCAAAACAACACGACGGAGCCAUCAGUAUCCCCAUUCUCUCCUACUGGUUCCUCAUCUCCCACUGGUGAUGUGUUCAGCCAAAGCCAAUGGAAUGGGUAUUAUUAUGUCUAUAAGGCAUCAGGGCCCAGCCACACCACUGCUGAGCCCAAAGGGGAGACCAGCAGGCAGCCCAUCCCAAGGACCGACAGGCAGGCUGCACAGGCCCCCUGCAGGACAUACUCUGAGGUUGUCAGGAGGGUAGGACAACAGUCCACACAGCAAGCAUGCUCACAAGCCACACAAGGGGCAGGUGUGCAGGCCACACGGGGGACAGACCCAAAGACCACGUUGAGGGCAAUCCCAAAGGCUACAUCAGGGUCAGACACUCAGACUACAGGGAGAAUAGUCCCCUCUAGGUCAAACCUACAGCUCACGUGGACAGACUCCGUGGCUACACACGGGUUUUCGGCCUCCAGUGGAACUCAAGCUGCCUGGAGAAGUUCACCCAGAAAUGUUCCAAACAGCUAUCCCAUAUACGCUCCGUUAGUGCAACAAGAUUACUUCGUUGAUGAGGAGAGAUUGAACCUGUUCUACUUUCUCUGCGGUAUUUGUAUCAUUGUCGUUUUCAUAGCCAAAUGGUUAGAAGAAGGAAGAUGGCGAUAAGCUUGUCUUCUUUUGUCUCAGUUCCACGGUAAUCAAUGAACUGGUUGCCAUUUUAGUACGACACAGAACAUGCUUUCAGACCGUGCAGGGUCAAGUUUGUAAGAAUAAACACUAGUUUCCUAGAUCUCCUUAGCAGAUAGUCUAAAACAUAACCUAGCAGAUAACGGACCCAAUAAUAAAUAUUUGAUGGCUCACUAAAA